GGCCCGCACGCUUUGUUUCUCCCCUCCGUUUCUCCCGUGUCUCGACAAGUGCUAGGGUUUCACGCAGCCGUUCCCGCCGCCGCCUCCCACCUCCCACCGCCGCUGCCUACCAUCCCCGCAGCCAGGACACUCCACGUCUCCGCUCCCGCCCGCCACCACGUCCUCUGCUGCCUACCGUCGCCUCUGGCCACGUGUACCGAGCACCUACGCCAGCAUAUCGCCGCCGCCGGAUCCGUCUCGCCGCCGCCUAGCUGGAUCUCGCCUCCGGUCUCACCUCUCGAUCGUUCGAUCGGGAUGCCGCAAGAGAAGCCCGUCCAGUAUGUUCCAUCGGGCGAUGAUGGACCUUCGGUCACGCCGCCGCCCAGCUCGAUCUCGCCUCCGGUCGCCCCUCUGUAUCGUUCGAUCUCGACUCUGGGCUCCAGGUUUCACCCCGAUCCGCCACUCGGCGGCACCGCUCCCGCCCCACCGCCGCAUCCCAUGAGCGGUUCCGCUCCCGCCCCGCGGCAGACCGCCGUCCCCGCUCUGCCUGCUCCCACUCCGCAGCGGACCGCCGGCCUUGCUCCCGCCCCGCGGCGGUACGCCGGCCCUGCUCCCGGCCCGGGGCGGUCCCCCGGCCCUGCUCCCGCCCCGCGGCGGACCGCCGGCCCUGCUCCCGCCCCGCGGCGGUACGCCAGCCCUGCUCCCGCCCCGCGGCGGUCCGCCAGCCCUGCUCCCGCCCCGCGGCUGACCGCUGGCCCCGCUCCGCCGCGGACCGUUGCCACCCCACCAGGCGGCCCCACUCGCUCCUCGCCUUGGACGGUCGCCAUGCCACCAAGCGGCCCCGUCUCUUUCUCCCCGCCGCGGACCGUCACCACGCCACGAGGCGCCCACGCUCGCUCCCUGCCGCGGACCCUCGCCACCACACGAGUUUGCCCUGCUCGCUCCCCGCCGCGGACCAUCGGCACCGCUAGCUCCUCGCCGCGGACCGUCGCCGAGCCACGAGGCUGCCCAGCUCGUGCCCUGUCGCAGACCGCCAUGCCACCAGGCGACACUGCUCGUGCCCCGCCGCGGACUGUCGCCAUGCCGCUCCACGGCCGCACUCCUGCCUUCGACCAUCAUCUUCCGAUGCUCCUGCCACUGGGCGAUGAUGGAGAUGGAACAAACAAGGUGUGGACAGGGGAGAAGAGGCGCCGCAAGUACCUACCCCCAUCAUCUUCCGAUGCUCCUGCCACUACCCAGCAUCUUCAAGACCCGAUUUCUCAUGCGACAGACAUGGAGAUGGAGGACACCAUCUUGCCACAAGAAGGUGGCGAUGAGCACACCGGGCCAGGCGUUAUUCUCACCAAGGAAGACCAGGCCGAAUAUGCUAAAAUUUUGCGUCCCAAUAUUUCUCCUCCUAUUGACCCGAACUCUUAUAUGGCAUUUGAGGACUACGACGAGAUAGAAGAGCGCCUUGCACGCCUUCGCAUCGCUUAUUACAAGAUUGUGAAGCCAGAGGCUGCACAUGAACUAAAGGAACCAGAAGAGUACACCGAGGAUGAACUUAUUAAGGAGUCCUACUUUCGGCAUUUGGAGGAUGAUGAUAGUUUUGAGUGGUUCUUCCAUCGCGAUGAUAGCCAGAACCCUGGAUUGAAUGACUACCAACGCAUUGUCCUUAGUAAUUUCCUGCCUGAUAGUUGUGAACGCCUGUAUCGCUAUCACGAUGAUUACCGCUCACGUUAUCAUACAUAUGAAAUUGAUUCCGUUUAUGUCAAGUACUAUGGAGAAAUAUCAAAGAAAUUGAAGUGGGUUGCAGAUUAUGUAAAUCUGGAUCGCAGUACCGAGAAGGUAAGUAUGCCCCGCAGGAAAUCACGAAAUAUAUGUAUACACAUACACAUACACAUAAUGAUUAACUUCUUUGCACUUCAGUGGAGAAACAUGGAUACUAUAGCAUGGAGGCAAGCAUUGAGGAUUGCAACCCACUUCCCCCAUAUGACUGUUCGUUUAGCUGCUUUUGCUUAUAAUGAGUACAUUAUAGAGCUGAGAGAAGAUGCGUCCCUCAAGGACAUAGAUCUUCUCUAUUUUGAGAUAUGGAGGCUUGUCGCCAAGGAAGAUAGAAAAUACUUAGAUGCUGUGAAGGAAGUAUAUGCAAUGGACAAAUUUGCUAUACACAAAAGGGUACUACAUGCUGAACUGAAUGCGGCUACUGUCUUUGUAACAAUAAAGCAAAUGAUUUAUUCUAUUGUCACGGAGGGUGGCAUUGAUCUGAAGGCUAAGGAGGAUGAAGCUCGGGAUGUGUUUAGCAAGUUAGCUUUCGGGAAGCAUAAAACAAAGAACAUGGCGCAGUACGCUGAGAAGAAGAUGGAGAUCGCAGGUCGGUUGGGUUUGGACAAAAAGGAAAGAUUUGUUUUCGCGAGAAUAUGAUUAUGGAACACUGGAUUCGUCGCUUUUGGUUGGAAAUCUAUCUGUCAGAACUCAAGUGUCAUCUCAUCUAAAGUGAGACAGAGCUAAUAUGAUGGUCCGUUAUCUCAUCCAACACUCGGACAGAACUAAUAUGAUGAUGAUUGUAUUAUACUCCCUCCGUCCGGGAAAAGUUGUCCGCGUGACAGUUUUGCAAAAAAAACCUCGAAGAAACUCCGACCGAACCCGCAGUCCAUCAUCCCCUUCGACAACUCCGCUCAUGCAGCUCCACUGCUCCCCAGCGACACCGGUGACGCCGCGCAGCUCCACCACGCCGCGCCGCCGCGACCCGCAGCUCCACCACACCGCGCCGCCGCGACCCCCAGCUCCACCGCGCAGCUCCGCCACGACCCGCAGCUCCACCGCUCCCUCCAUCCCUGCCCGUCGAUUUGUUCCCUAAAAUACUCACAUUUCCCUAUCCCUGCCCGCGACGAGGCCGAAUGUGUACCACUCCAGCAUCCCCAGCGCGGCGUCCAGCCAGAGGAAGAGGCAGUCGUGGGCGGCGCGGAAGACGCCGUCGGCCUCCACCAGCGCCUCGAUGUAGAUGUUGGAGCCGCCGGCAAAAUUUCAAAUUGGGAAAAGCAAAAUCUCACCUUUCCUUUUCCGGCGGAUAUGAAGGCGGAUCUCUCCUCUUCAUAGGAAUUGCCUGCUGUUGCCAUUGAUGUGUUGCUGCUGCUUCUUCAAUUCGUGGCGCUGCUGCUUCUUCAAUUCGUGGCGCUGCUGCUUCAAUUGCCAACUCUUCUUGCCGUACUGCUGGUGCUUCAAAUCAACAGAGGAGGCGAUGACAACAUUUAGUCCUGAUUUUCUGCCAGGAACAAGUGAGCCAUUUAUUUUUGACUAAUACAGUAUCCAUUUUAUUUCUUCAGAAGCUAGCUCAUUCUCAAAAAUAAAGGAACAUAGGCAAAGCAAUAGACAGUAGCUAGCAUAUGAUUUGGUUACAGUAAGGAUCUUCUGAACAUAUGAGCAAUGUGCAUUUUUAGUACCCCUGAACAUAUAAGCAACAGUAUCUAGCAACAGUAUCCAUUUUAUUUCUUGCCUUGCUUUAGUUGAAGAAAACCAAUAUGCCUUGCCUUUUAAACCAAUAAACAAUGAAAACAUUGAAGUAAAGCAAGCAGUAGAGAUAUCAUUAAAGUUCAAAAAUUAAGUGAGUACGCAAGUGGUGACAGGGAAGGAGAAAAUUCAGUUUCAGUUUUGGGAUGGUACAGUACUCCCUCAAAAAGACAUACACAUGAUAGAGAUUGUGUUCCUAAAUCAACAUCAAGUUUAGGAACAAGUGUGUUCCUAAAUAAUCUUCAGUUUAGGAACAAUAUUCAGUUUAGUAUUGUCAAGUCUGAAAUUUUGACAGUAAUGUUGUGACAUGUUCAGACUAGGAUAAUCUUCAGUUUAGGAACAACUUUGAUGAUUCUCUGGAUUGAUCAUAGUGUAUUUGGAUUGAUGAUCAAAGUUCAAAGAAUUAGCCUAAAUGCACAUUGAUGCUCAUUCAUCUUCUUUCUCAAAGUUCAAAGAAUUAUCAACAUUUAGCAUGAAUGCACAUUGAUGAUUCCAGAAAAUAAGUUUAUAACCACUCUAGAUUUACAAGUGUUUACUGAAGAAUAUUCAUUUUAUGAAGUAGACCAGCAAUAUUCAUCUUUUUCUGUUUAUGAAGAAGAAGAAGAAUAAACCUAGCUAAUUCAAAUAUUCCAAUUUUAGGGACAUGUUUUUAAUUCAAUUGGACAAGCAUGGAAUACUUUGAAUUUUGACCCUGACAAUGAAUUUCGAUUGUAAUCCAAUUAAACUCUCUGUAUCAAUUAAACUCUUUGUAUAACCUGUUAAUUUUAUUUGCAAUCAAGCUUUUGCAGGAACAAAUGAACAAUUUACUCUAAUGUGAUCAAGAUUUCGCAGGAACAGAGGCGGAGUACCAGAGGCGUCGGGGUCGGGGGCGGGUAAAAAAAGAAGGCUCAUUCUAGUUUCUACAACAGGUUAUGCUAGUGAAUUCAAACUAUGCUUUGUUUGAUUCAGAUUAUGCUAGUGAAUUCAGUUACUUCACCUCACCUUCACUUCACCAAAUUUCUGACACAGGACACUGAAUGGAGUAUGAUUGACAGACACAAAACACUGUAAAUGUCAGAUAACAUCAGCAGUAGAUCAGCAUUGCAAUUGAGAAUUUUAAUACUCCAAUUGACACUGCAAUUGACGCUGAUGGAGUACUUCUUUGACAAAAUGAAAUUGAUACUGCAAUUGGCACUGUACCUGCAGCCAACAGUAGUAGCAGAGGCAAUCAACAGUCGAGGUGCUCGAGGGCAGAGGCAAUCAGCAGUCGAGGGCAGAAGCAAUCAGCAGAGGCAAUCAGCAGAAGCAAUCAGCAGAAGCAAUCGGCUGUGGCAUCAGCAGGUUUGCGUGGUCCUCUCUCCGCCGGGGAAGAUCCGCCUUGCCCUGCCUGCCGAAUUCUUCAAGAGGGGAGCGGCGACCGGGGUCGGCAGCGGCGGCUGGGGUUGCCGCGAGGGUGAGGAACCGGCGAGCAGGGCCAGGGACGCGAGCAGGGCCACGAGGAGGAGGCGCCCGUCAAGGUGGUCGAGGAGCAGCCUCAGCUGGGCGGCGGGGCAGCUCGCCUCCGUGCGGAUGGCCCACGUUCGUAGCGGCUGAGCAACCGCAGGUGGGCUACGGCGCAGGUGGGCGUCGGCGGAGGUGGUCGCCCGCUCUUUCUACGGCGGCUGCCGGCGGUGGCUAUGACGGCCGCUUGGUCGAAGGAGGAAGAAGCAGAGGUGAGGGGGGGAUUAGCACUAGAUUUAAAACCGGAAGGUUUUUUUUGUAAAAUUUGAAAUGAACUAAGCUCUGGACAACUUUUUCCGGACGGAGGGAGUACAUAACCAGCCCACCAGUCUGAAUUGUGGAUGGUGAUCGGCUCUAGUUUAAAUUAGUGGAGUCCAGUCACAUCGUUUGUAAUGUUAUUAUUCUUGUAUGAUGCACUCCCUCUGUAAAUUAAUUUAAGACGUCUUAGAUCACUAGAGAAAGGGCUUUAUCCAGAUUCA